UGAUUUUGAGUCAUUCAAUCAUGUCUUCUACUGUCCCAGCAACGUCUUCACAUUUCAAUUUCCGGUCAGCGCUCGAGUCUCUUCGACCGUUAACCGAUUCCUUCGAUCCGGACCUGGAUCUCGACUGUGACUAUUCUUUGAUGAAGAAGACGCAGGAAGCUUGAUACGAUGGCUGAGGACGCAAUCGCGAAGACCGGUUCAACGGAAGAGGUUAGCGACAAUGAUGGAGGUAACAAGAGCGAAAAAAAGACGGUAAAAGAUCCAGAGUUCUUGAGUUGCAUGCUGCAGCCUGCGCCUGCGGAUUCCGACCCCGAGUACAUCGGCAUGCGACGAUUCCUUCUUUAUCGCAAGGCCGAAAACAAUGCUCUUGAUCGCCGAUGCGAUUGGAGAUGCAACGGGAAAGGUUACGUGGCUUACCGUAAUUACAUUCGCAGACCAAGGAAUUGGGAGACUUUACAAACACUAAGCCACCCAAGCACUCCUGGAAACAGUGGGCGUUGGCUUUCUUCUUCAAGUCCACUCUCCUAUUUGUAUGAGGUGGACAGCUUCAGUUCUAGCAGGGAUGUACGAAGUGGCAAUCUCAUAUCCAGCCGGAGAACAAGUUUCAGUUCGAAUGCAAGUGAUAGUGAUCGCCCACGUCGUCGGGGAGUUGAACCAGCAUAUUCCUUUGUUGGAAUGCAUUGCAUUUUUGACCAAUGCAAAUCAGCUGUUACUGUUUUGAAGUUUGGGCACAUGAGUUCUGAUCUACUUGCAUAUGGGGCAUCAGAUGGAUCCUUGACGGUUUGCACUGUCUCGGAGCCACCUUCUAUCAUCAAGAGCUUAAUGGGGCAUUCAAAAGAUGUCACAGAUUUUGACUUCUCAUCAAACAAUCAGUACAUUGCGUCAUCAUCCCUGGAUAAAACUGUGCGAGUAUGGGAGUUAUCAAGAGGCCUUUGCAUUCGUGUAAUAUAUGGAGUCUCUUCACAGUUAUGUAUUCGAUUUCACCCAGUAAACAACAACUUCCUUUCAGUUGGCAAUGCAAACAAGGAAAUCACUGUCUUCAAUUUCAGCACUGGUAGGAUUAUUAAUAAGUUGGUCAUUGACGAUGAGGUUACUUCUAUGGACCAUGACCAUACUGGUCAGCUACUUUUCUGUGGAGAUGCACAGGGAUGUAUAUACUCGGUGAGUAUGGAUUCCCAUAAUGGCACCUUAUCCCGUUCUCAUCGCCAUCGAAGUAGCAGCAAGCGCAAAUCUGCUGUAACAACUAUGCAGUAUAGGAGUUUCUCUCUGCUAGCUGGGGGACCUGUGUUACUUGCGUGUACCCAAGAUGGCAAUAUAUCUUUCUUCAGCAUUGCUGUUGAAGUACAAGGCUACUUGACUCUUCGUUGUGCUCUCAAAUUACCCCCCCGGAUACACAAUUUCCGAGCAUCCUUUUGCCCUUUGCUUUCUCUUGAGAAAGGAGAAUAUAUAGUUGCCGGAAGUGAGGAUUCAAAUGUCUACUUCUAUGAUUUAACUCGACCAAGGCAUACAUGUGUGAAUAAACUACAGGGUCAUCGAUUUCCGGUUGUAGGAGUUGCUUGGAACCAUGGAGAGAACUUGUUGGCUUCGUCAGAUUUUUACGGCAUCGUUAUUGUAUGGAAGAGAGCAAAAGCAAGUUAAAAACAAAUACAUAUGGUAAAUAGCUUGUUAGUUUUUUACCUCAUUGUCAUGUUCUAGUGUUUCAUUACCCUUGUCGGUAGCGUAAAAAUUGCUUAGUAAAUUGUUGAGAUUCCUUACUGUAUACAGAAACCUGGUGAACCACUUUAUACUUACUGGGGUGGGCAUAUAUACCUUUGUACUCAUUUAACUCACAAUUUAAUAGGUCCAAUAGAAUUGUGAUUAAUAAAAAAAGAAAACUCUCUUUGUUGCUGCCCUGUGCAGUUUCCAAUUUAUA